AGAGAAAUGGUUUUGAAAUACUCUUAUACCAUCGAGGAAUCGUCGCGCGUCGCGCACGUAUAAUGGAUAGCCAGCAGGCAAGCCGGGCAAGCGCGAGGGGAUUUUCGUAACGUACUCUUACAUAUACAUGCUUGCACUUUGUAUUAUUAUAUCUACGUGCGAGAGCGCGACAGAAUGGGGAGAAAUCGCGAAUGCCGAAUACAGAAGGAUCGGAGUCCCUCCUGCCCUUCCGCGCCCUCCGUUGCCGCGGCCGCCUCCUCAGCGCGGGACGUACGUCGUUGGAUUCACGAAUACCCGAGCGCGUGUCCAUGGAAACGAGUGGCCGAGACCCGCCCUCGGGAUCGUCGCGGAACCAACCCGGGCGACGGUGAGCGUCGCGACGCCGGCCAAUGCGGGACGUCAGGCCGGCCUCGAAACUCGGAUACAUUCGGAUCCAAGCGUUACCCUUCCACGGUACGUUACGAGCUGUCGCGGUACGCCAACUGACAGGAGGGGCCGCCGAUCAUCGCCGUUGCGGGGGGUUGAACAUUGAAUCACCCUGAUACGCGCUUACCGAUACGCGUCUCGCACGAUGUCCCGAUCAACGACGGCGAAAGACAGUGAGCGAUAGACGACGUCUCGCGCGAUUCAUAUCUGAUCCAUGGCACCGCGCGACCAUCAUUCAUCAAUCACGAUUCCGUCGUGGAAUAAAUUCGCGGGACGUACGAUGUCCGAUUAGUUGAAACCAGGUCGGGCUAAAGUGGUCACCGACUUCGCCGAGGGUAUCGUCGAUCGCGAUACGCAUUUCGGGAGAAAAGUGAUCAGUUUCGAGAGUGAUUCCGCGAGAUUCUAUCUUCCCGCGAUCGGAGAUUGAAUAAACGUUCAAUUAUUAGGAGAUUUGGAACCAGUCCUCUCUCUUUCUAUUGAGGGAAUUUAAGAAAAAGAAGAACCAGCAUUGGCAUUUAAACCCACCCAAACAAAGUUCGUUGCAUCUCUAGCCCUGGCCGUCUCUUUUGGCACAAGAAACUGUGUUCGUGUCUCGGAUCGUCGCGGCUGGCAAGGAUCUCCCUUCGAUUUCGCGACCUUGGCGUCGCGCCAAGACACCCGGGCGAGAAUGUAACCGCGACGAUCGGAGGCAUGUACGCGUCAUAGCCGCAACGUUGUGUUGAACGAGAAAAGAUGCAGUCGACCUGCCAGCAGCAACAAGCUCAGCCAGGCCAAAACGGAACUUCCGCCAGCAGGACAUCGUUCCUCAUCGAGGAUAUCCUUAGUCGCGGCACCGUCACUCCGCACACCCAUCAUCAUCAGCUGCACCAUCAACAUUUGACGUCAACCUCCGGCCACGGACAACACCAUCAGUAUCAGCAGUUCGCCAGUUUGCUACCCGGUUAUCCCGCGGCACCACCCGCCGCGGCGGCCUUCUUCUUGGGUCCGCUCUUUGGUAGCGCUGGCAUGGGGGUUGGUGUAGUGCCAGGAGUCGGGGAACUAGCAGCUCUUAAACAUUGCCGACGACGGAAGGCUCGGACCGUAUUCAGUGAUCAGCAGCUGGCAGGUCUAGAAGCGAGGUUCGAGGUACAGAGAUAUCUGAGCACACCCGAGAGAGUAGAACUGGCGGCGGCGUUGCACUUGUCGGAGACCCAAGUGAAAACAUGGUUCCAAAAUCGACGGAUGAAGCACAAGAAGCAGCUGAGGAAGCUAAACACAAGCGGCAACAAUAAUUCUAAUUCAGGCCAGCAAUCGAUAUCCGUAACGUCGCCCGCUGAACGUCCGGUAGACUUUUCGCUGAGUGGCGGCCGCGAGUCGCGCGCGAGCAGUGACGCGCCCGCGGACUCCGACGACGAGGACGAUGACGAGAUCGACGUGCUGGGCGAUGAAACACCAUCGCCGACGCCAACACCAACGGCGACGCCGACUCCGAUGCCGGCGCCGGCGCCGACGCCUACGCCGGCUCCAACGCCGACCUUGACGUCGACGUCGACGGUUUCGACCCCGACGUCGACGUCGCGUACCGGCACUCUGCCGUCUCUCUCAAGACGCGACACGCCACCAAGGAUCCUUCACACGGCGAUUCAUCCGCACUCGCAUUCGCAUUCUCAUCCGCAUCCGCAUCCGCAUCCGCAUCCGCAUCCGGUCAGCCUUCAUCAUCAACACGGCCAGCAUUCCGCCCAACGUCAGCAUCGCUGA